AUGCCGCGCUCCCCGAGGGCCCAGGGGCGGCGCGAGCACCGGGCCAGACCCGGACCCCCACGGCAGGCGUCCCUUGAGCCCCGCCGGGCGAGCCCAACCCGCGGCCCCCAGUCCCGCAGCUCUCCGCGCGCGUCCCGCUCCUGCGCGGUGAAGGAGAGAAAAAGAGGUACCAGGAGAGCAAAACGAACCAGGGACGGGCCGGAACGUGGGCACCGAGAAGCCCCGUCCCGCGCCGGGCGCCGUGAGGAGGAAGGAAACCCGCUGCGCGAGUGCCGGCGCCUCCCGCGGCUGGACGACGCCGGCCCUGCCCCUACCCUGGCGUCGGAAGCGCCCGCGGCUGGGGGCCGUGCCCCGCCCUGGGCCGCCCGCGCCGCCGCCCCGCCCCGCCCGCCCCGCCAGGAAUCCCGGCGCACCUGCCUGGGGGGCGCCGGCGCGGCCCUGCUCCAGCCCCUCGUCGCUCCUGGCGGCCGGCGGACGCUCCGGGGCCUCAGGCUUUUGGACUCAGACUGGAAUUAUGCCACCAACCUCCCUGGGUCUCUAGCUUGCCAACUGCACAUCUUGGGACUUCUCAGCCUCCAUAAUCAGCUCCUGGCAAUCACCAUUCUACUUUCUGUCUUUAUAAAUUGGACUACUCUAGCCACCUCAAUGCCAAACCGCUCAGAUACGAUCCACUCCUCCCAAACAGCGACUUUCAUCGGCCGUCCACCGCCUCAGACCGCAACGAGAGGUCCCAGCAGCCUGCGCGCAUGAACCCUCAGAGACCACAAGGCCCAGCAUGCAAA